AUGUCACAGCUUGUAUUAAUCAUCUAUUUACUUCUUAGUCUAUUCGUUAUACCACAAGAAGAGCAGAACAAAUUGUGCCAUAUACAAAGUGAUAUUAUCAUGAGAAGCAUGCUUGUCCUUGGUAGCCUCUGCCACGUUUUCAAUAUUAUUUCGUCUAUUGAAGCGGUCAAACGGUCAUCUGACUCUCAUCAUCAUCAUCCACAAGUACCUCAUGGACAAGAACAUCAUUUGAAUAACAUCGAACAUGUUCUGCAUCAUAUCUUCAAUCUUUCCGAUUCUUCUCAGUUACAUCACGGUCAAACUAAUCGCAUGAUUCAUCCUAGAUUUCGUCCUCUAGUUCGAGAUGGCAAACCUCAUUCUACCUGCUUGAAAACAACAGCUACCACUUCUCAUGGCAACCUUUACGAUAGUAAAACCGUUCAUAAUACGACUAAAUCACCAAGUCUACUCCAACGAUUAACUGGUGAACCAGCCGAAAAGAUCGCGCACACUCGACGACGUUUAUCUUUUGCCGAUUAUUAUCAUCAACAGCAGCUACGAGCGUUUUUUGCGCACCGUCAUGAAAAGUUUCCUGUUCAGACACGUUCAUACGUUAAAACUGGAUUGAGACGUUAA